AGGGUUUUGACCCACAGCCAUGUCACACGCGUGAAAUCGCGCAGAACCAAAUUUUAGAACUGCCGCUGAUGUGGCCAUUGCUUGUUGCCCGUGCAGCUGAUGGUCUUUGGCAUCAGGUGACCCAACCAGUGCCCAGAGCGCGGCUGCUGCUGUACACUCCAGCGUCGGCUGCGCUCAGCACCCAGUUGCCCCAUGGGCUGCCGGAAGGCGUGCAGCUCCAGUUCCCAUUAAGCGUUGCGGACCAGGAGCAGACGGUCGCCUGGCAGCUGCUGUGCCAUCAGCGUCUAGAGGCACAGCUGGAUCGCGAAGUGGAAGGCUACGUGAGCCUGCGCCUAGACGAGCCAACGGCGCUUGGACCGCCGCUGCUUGUUCGCGAGCUGCCGGAGACGGUGGGCAGCAAGGUUUGGCGCGGCGCCUGGCUGCUUUGGAAGGUGCUGCAGAACUCGGAGGCCCAGUCCCUGCUGGAGCUGGGCGCCGGCGUGGGCCUCACUGGCCUUCUGCUCGCCAGCGAGCCGAGCGCCCAACAGCGCCGGGUGGUGGUCUCGGAGACGCGCAACGCCUACGCCGGCGCCGAGGUGACGUUCCAGAACUUGCAGCACAACGCGGCCCUCAAUGCCGCGGCCAUCGAAGCCGCGGGAGGAUCUGUGCAGGUGCUGGACCUGGAUUGGACGGAGGCAGUUGGGAGAGUGAUCCAGGCAAACGGCGCCUUCGGCCACGCCUUUGACCUGGUCAUCGGCAGCGACAUCCUCUACGAGCCGCACCUCUUUGAGGACCUGCUCACGUUGAUGCAGCGCAGCGCCCGGCGGGCGGUGCUGGUGCAGAACACCGCGCGGAAGGGCACGGAGUACUUUAAGGAGCUCUGCCGCCUUCGAGGCAUCUCCUUGUCCGAACACGACGUGUCACAGCUGGACGCUGAUGAGGUGUGGCUCCAACAACGCCCGGACUCUGCGGGUGGCGUAUACCACUGCUGGACCCUGGAGUUCCCCGAGCCAACUGCGCUGAAAAAGAGCGAGCCGCGAUGGAUAGGAGGCGAAGGCAGGAGGUAG